AUCAUCAAACUAUCACAACAUCUAUUUCUUACCUAACUUCCUUCCCAAGAAACCUAGCAAACCUUAAAGAGUAAAGAGAGAAAAUGAAGUCCGGUCAGGCUGAAAUCAUGGAAACAAGCAAAGGUAUCCAAAAGAGCGGUCUGAUGAGCAGAAGGAUCGCGAUUCUUGAGUUUAUCCUCAGGAUUGUUGCAUUCUUCAACACUAUAGGUAGUGCAAUCCUCAUGGGAACCACACACGAAACUCUGCCUUUCUUUACUCAAUUCAUACGGUUCCAAGCAGAAUACAACGACCUUCCAGCCUUAACGUUUUUCGUGGUUGCAAAUGCUGUUGUGAGUGGUUACCUCAUCUUGUCUCUAACUUUGGCCUUUGUACACAUCGUCAAGAGAAAGACUCAGAACACUAGAAUUCUUCUUAUCAUCCUUGAUGUGGCAAUGUUGGGUCUUCUAACUUCUGGAGCAUCCUCAGCAGCAGCCAUUGUCUACUUGGCACACAAUGGGAACAAUAAAACAAACUGGUUUGCUAUUUGUCAACAGUUCAACUCCUUCUGUGAGCGUAUCUCCGGUUCUUUGAUUGGAUCUUUCAUUGCCAUUGUCCUCCUCAUUCUUCUUAUUCUCCUAUCAGCCAUUGCUCUUUCUCGACGCCAUUGAAGAUCUGGUGUUAGCCUGAAAUAUGAGUUUUCUUUUCCACUGCUUUAAGAAAUGCAUGGUUUGGUGUGUAAAAAUGUUCACUUAAGCUUUUCUUUUCAUUUGUGCUUUUUCUUUUCUCAUCUCCAUUGAUAUUUUGUGUGUGAUAUGUAACGGGCUAUUCUAUCAAAAAUUGUGUUUUGACCAUCUGUUACCACAAUCUCUUAUAUCCUCUCUCCUUUUUGGUGUUCUAUAAUCUAUGCUAAAUCC